UAGUUGGUGUCGGCAAGCAACUGGCGACUGGUCACACUUGCGAUUUUUUACGUUUUCUUUUGGCCGUAUUCGUGCAAUUUAAUUAAUUUAUUCAGUUGAUGUGACCAGGAUGAGCCACAAACGCUGCCUUGCGAUAAGCAUGGACAAAGUGAACGAAGUAAUCGAAUUUGGGCUGCCGGGCAAUAGCGAUUACUUGGACGAAGACAACCGUGGGAACGUUCGCGUGAUGAACACCAGCGAUGAUGCCACCUACGUGCUUCUGGACAACCUGGGCAACGAGUUCGAAGAGGACAUCAUCAUCGUCAACGAGAAUGGCGUGGAGAAGGAGAUGUUGAUGAGCAAGGAGCUGCACGACUAUAUAGUGGGCUCCCGGAUGAAGGAUUUGGCGGAUGACGAACAGAUGCCCCAGUUUCUGGUCAGAGAAUUGGAUAUGAGCGAAGUGGGGGACUUGGUGGAGGUGGAACAGGAAGUGGAACAGGAGGUGGACUACGGCGACUACGAGCACGAACCUAGCUACGGCCAUCCGCGCGAUAACGAAAGGGAGGAAGAGGAUCUGGAUAUGUAUCCACCGUCGUCACCCUCGCUGCCACCAUCGCCACCAAGGCCGCCGCCGCCUGUUGUCCAGCCCGCUAGCAAAGCUAGAAAUUCUACCCGCCAGAUCGCCUUACGCAGCUUUGUCAGCCAAAAAAACAACGACGACGAUGAUGGCAGCGUGAAGGAUGUGAAGCCAAGCGAAAAGAUGCUGGAGGAGUUCAAGGGACCACGCCGCUACAUGCUUUUCGACGACCUGGUAGCCACCAUUGUGGACUUUGACGAGGACAGCACACCCCUUGUGGAGUUCUCCAUGAUCAGCGACAUCGUGGACGAGAAGCUGCCGGUUGAGUGCGGCAUUUGCCCAGAUGUGAUGCACAAAUCAAAGUUGUCCAAGCACCACAAGACCCAUCUGGUGCCUGGCACCAAUCGCUAUGCUUGCAUCUACUGCACGGAAACGUAUCGCGACUGCAAGUACCUGGCCGGACAUGCGCGACGCCACAUGGGCAUCCGACCAUACGUCUGCGAACUGUGCACCCUAUACUUUUCGACCAAGCAGGAUUUGCGCGUGCACAAUCAGCGCCGCCAUCUGGAGAAGGAGCAUAUUUGCGAAGUGUGCGGCAAGACGUUCGCACAGAAUACCCAGCUGAAGCGGCAUCGCGAGGCGACGCACGAGAAGAAGCGGCGAUUCCAGUGCCAGUACUGCCAGAAGGCCUAUUACAAGAAUUUCUCUCUGCAGGAGCACAUCCGCAAUGUCCACAUGGGCAAGCGGCGGAUGCUCAAAUGCCCAUUCUGUGGCAUGCAGUGUCGCGAUGCCCACAAGAUGGCCCGUCAUCGUAAGGAGAUGCAUCUGAGCCAGGGCACAUACGUGUGCCAUUUGUGCCAGGAGGAGUUCACCGACAUCAGCUACUUCGAUGCCCACAAGCGUUCGAUUCAGUGCCGUAGCAACACGCGUCGCUUUGUGAAAGCGGAUGGGAAUCGUGAAGGAUCCGAUUCGGAAUCCAUUUCGGGUCGCAAUAUAGAUGGCCAGGACGACGAAUACGACGGCAUGGGCCCCCUGCAGGAGGAGUACGACGAGGACGACGGCCUGUUGGUUGAGGACAAUCAACCAGACGAGCAGGGCUCGUCGUCCAAUCGCCAAUAUCUAGACGGGAGCGAUCAACAGUAUGUGCAGCUUUCGGAUUACGAUGACCAGCACCUGCUGGUGGAGAACGCAGUGGACGCAGAGGACGCCGGCGAGGAUUUAGAUGAGCUGCUAAACGAGGAUGAAUACUUUAACGCUGUCCAAGAGCAUCACCAGCAGCAGGUGCUGCAGCAGUUUCAUCAUAGCCGAGGGCAGGACUACAACGACGGGCUGAUAUAUGAAAUCACCUUGAAGACUGAGGAUAACUGAGUGCCGCAACUUCGCGCAAAUUUUGUACAUAUAUGGGUCGAAAGUAAAUACUAUAUUGUAAAUAAUUCA